AUGGCGCUGACGUCGCUAAUCCGUUCGCAGGCUGCCGCUGCGCUGCGGCACCUUAGGCCUCCUUCCAGCGAUGGCGUUGCUGCCGCUGCUCUGCACAGUGUAUCGACACUUGCAUCUGCCUCAAAAUCCCCAUUCAGGAUCGCCACACCGGUAGCCUCAAAGCAACUCGCUGCAGAUGCGGCGGCAGCAAGCCGAUUGCAGCGCUUGCCAGAGGGGUGUCUGUCCGGCCUUGGCAGCUCUUGCCUCUUCUCCCGCCUCUUCCAUAGCGGCAAAAACAGCUCCGUUUCGGCAUUUAGCAACCUCGAUUUCGACGGCGCUGCUUCAGGUUCGCGCCCUCACACUCUCCAGAAUCUCGUAGGCGGCCGCUGGGCUUCUGCCAGAAAAACAUACGACGUCAUUAACCCCCUAAACGGAACUGUCUUGGCUCACGCGCCGCAUACACAGCCUGAUGAAUUGGAGCCAUUUAUAGCCUCGCUUUCGCGCUGCUCAAAGUCUGGCCUCCACAAUCCGCUAAAGGCAGUGAAUCGCUAUCUUCUUUACGGAGAAAUCUGCCAGAGAGCUGCUGCGUUGUUGCACGACCAGGAAGUCUUUUCUUUCUUCGUCUCUUGCAUUCAGAUGACCAUGCCGAAGAGCAAAGCACAGGCUGAAGGGGAGAUGCGGGUGCUGCGCGCAUUCUUCGAGAAUUUCAGUGGCGAUAACGUCCGUUUCUGCUUCCGCGGAUCCUUCGUCUCGGGAGAUCACCAAGGCCAGCAAAGCCAGUCGUACAGGUGGCCUUUCGGUCCAGUCGCUAUCAUUGCGCCUUUCAACUUCCCUCUGGAAAUUCCAGUCAUGCAGAUGAUGGGAGCUUUGUUUGCUGGGAACAAGCCUCUCGUCAAGGCCGAAGCAGGGCAAGGCCUCCCUUUGGAGCAGUUCAUCAGAUUUCUGCAUUACUGUGGAAUGCCGUUGGAAGACAUGGACUUGAUCAGUGCAAGAGGACCGGUUGUCUCCCAGCUGUUAGAAAAAAGCCCCGUGCGACUAGUUCAGUUUACGGGGAGCUGUGAGGUGGCGCAGAAGCUGUCUCAUUUGAUGGAAGGCCGCGUGCGAAUUGAAGAUGCUGGCUUCAACUGGAAGAUCCUUUGCGGCGAUGUUCGGCAGGAGGAUGUUGACUAUGUUGCCUGGCAGUCAGAUCAGGAUGCGUAUGCGCUCUCUGGGCAGAAGUGCUCAGCGCAGUCGCUUCUGCUCAUACACCGCAACUGGGUGUCGGCAGGAUUCUUAGACCGAAUUAAGGCUCUGGCCUCGCGGCGUUCCGUUGACGAUCUCACCAUCUCCCCCCUCCUCUCGCACACCAACGAGGAGAUACAGCGACACAUCGAUGCGCUGCUAAAUCUGGAAGGGGCGUCCUUGCUGUUCGGAGGCUCAAGUAUUUCUGGCACUGCAGUGCCCCCUGCCUUUGGCCUAUACCAACCGACUGCCGUGCGGCUGCCCCUGCAGUUGCUGCUAAAAGAUCCAGCUGCAAGGGUGCUAGCCACGACGGAGAUCUUUGGACCUCUUCAGGUAAAUGUAACAAGUAACAGGGCCGUGUGGCUCUUGCCCCUGCUGAUUUCCCGUCGGAGCAGCGUUAAUGCAGCCAUCGUAGGAGUCUCUGAAAGGCUGUCUAGCGGAGAGAUUAGCGCCCCCUGUCGGUUGGAGGCAGACGGACGGCGAUGCCGCAUGUGGACAUGUUGA